GGAUGAAACCAAGGGGAUCUCUUGCAAGGUCAAGAUGGGGUUUAUAUUUUCAAAAUCUAUGAAUGAAAACAUGAAACAUCAACAAGAGUUUAUGCUUAUGAAUGCUCAACUUCAGCUGGAAAGGCAGCUCACAAUGCAGAAUGAGAUGAGGGAGAGGCAAAUGGCCAUGCAGAUUGCUUGGUCUCGAGAAUUCCUCAAAUAUUUUGGAACUUUUUUUGGUAUCACAGCCAUCUCUUUAACAGCUGGGGCUAUAAAAAGAAAGAAGCCAGCCCUUCUGCUCCCUAUUGUUCCAUUAAGUUUUAUCUUCACCUACCAGUAUGACUUGGGCUAUGGAACCCUUCUAGAAAGAAUGAAAGGUGAAGCUGAGGAGAUCCUGGAAGCAGAAAAGAAUAUGCUGCAGCUGCCAAAAGGAAUGAUCACCUUUGAAAGCCUUGAAAAAACCAGAAGGGAACAGAGCAAAUUCUUCACAGACAAAUGAAAUCACGUUUACCUACUGGAUCUCAAAGCCCAGAAUUAUUUGCUUGAAUCAUGGUUUUUACAAUUUUUUAAAUGCUUGAAAUUUUGAUAUAAUGAAUUUUAUUUUAAAUUAUUAAGAUGCAAGAUGCAUUUUGUUAAACUAUUUUAAAAUAAAAUUUGUAACAUUCAACACAAAAUCAUGGAGGCAAUCUAGAUAACUUUCAUGUUUCUUCUAUGUAUGUGUGCAUUACACGUAUCUACGUGUAAAAUUAAUAAAUUAUAUUGUUUUGAAUUCCAGGA